AUGAUAGAUUAAUAGAAUAUAAUUUAACAACCAUCAUUUUCUAAUGCAACUGAUGAUUAAUUAAAUGAUAAAGAAAUUGAAUAAAUUAGUAAUUAGAAGCAGUAAUCAGAAUUAGUAGAUUAAAGUAAAUUAGAGAUAAGCUCUUUUAAUAGUAGAGUUAGUUAUUUGCAAGAUGGAAAAGGACUUGUAUUAACUUAGGAAGAAUAUCGAGAAAUGAAAUAAGUUAUUUUUGGAGAAAAUGCUAUGGCCUAAUAAGAAAGAAUAAAAAAAUAAAGUCCAUUUUAAAGUUUAAAAUCUUGGUAAUUAGUUCAUUUAAUAAUAAAAACAGGAGAUAAUUUAAAAUAAGAAUAAUUUGCUUUAUAAUUAAUAUGUUAAUUUGAUUAAAUCUUUAAGAAGGAGGGUUUACCUUUAAAAUUAAGAUAUUAUGAAGUUUUAUCAUUAGGACCUGAUAAUGGUAUGAUUGAAAUGAUUAAAAAUGCUACUACAAUUGAUAGUUUAUAAAAGAAUCUUCAAAAAAAGUUUACUCAAUUUAGUGAUUUUUCUGAUUUUUUCAGAUCUUAUUUUAGAAACAAUAUUGAAUAAGCAUUAUAAAAUUAUGUAUAAUCACUUGCAGCCUACUGUUUAGUAUGUUAUUUUUUAUAAGUUAAAGAUAGACAUAAUGGAAAUAUAUUAUUAGAUGAUGAAGGUAAUUUAAUUCAUAUUGAUUUUGGAUUUUUUUUAUCUAUAUCUCCUGGAAAAGGAAUGGAAUUUGAAGGAAAAGUACCAUUUAAAUUAUUAUCUGAUUACAUUAAAGUUUUAGGAGGUGUCAAAGGUACUUUGUUUUAAAAUCAUUUCAGAAAACUCUUUUAUAAGUUUAAUUAUUUAUAUAUUAUUAGAGGAUUUAAGGCUUGUCAAAAACAUUAGAAUGAAAUAUUAUUAUUAGUAGAAAUGAUGUAUACAGGUCAUGGAACCACGCUACCUUGUUUUUAAAAAGGUGAAGUUGCUUUAAAAGAAUUAGAAAAUAGAUUUAAUCCAAGAGUAGCAUCUGAUGCUGAAUUAUUUGUUUAUGUUUAAGGAUUAAUUAAUAAAUCAUUAGAUAAUUGGAGAGCUAGAUGGUAUUAUGUAUUUAAUUAAUUAUUAGGUAUGAUAAAUUUCAAUAUUUUGCUUAAGGAAUAUUUUAUUGA